GGAGGAGGGAUAGGCAAACUAAACAGAAUCCAAAGUACAAAAUCCUCCUACUCCUACGUAACGUUUCCAUCGGAGCUGAUCGUGCGCAAGUUUCAAAUGUCAGUAACAGACUUGCCUGGCAGGUUUGGACAGGGAAUGCGAUCGAGAGAGGAUGCAUCCCUUGACGAAGAGGCAACGCCUCUCUCUCUCCUCUCAUGAUUAUAGUGUGAUGUAAGACGCCAAGAUUCAGGUUGAUAAGCGACAUGGUGAAGGGGUUAAUCAAAGGAAACUUCUGAGGUGAUAUGAUCGCGCACGGAAGUGUGUUUCGAACAGUCAACGGCAUUGGAUUCCGCUGGUUAGUAGGAUGAACUUUCAGCUAUUAUCUCGACCGUGACAAUGGACUAUUCAUGAGUUUCCUACGUAGCUGCAAAGAAUUGACUGAAAACAACAUCUUGGCACAGGAAAGAACUGUCUCCCCUAACAAGCAAGGCAAGAUCCACCGCGACGAGCCGUUUUUGUCAGGGGGCCGAUACUUCCGCCGAUCUGGCUGCUGGCGGUACGGCCGGCAGAUCGGCCUUGAUAAUGGCCGGGACACGGUGGAUUGUCUCCCUGACAGUUCUGUGGAUCGUUACAGUCGAAACAUUGGGCGUGGGUCCCACUCAAGAGACCGGCUCAUCCAGCGAUCUCCAAGAAGUACGCGUCGGAUUACUAACAUCUGCCAAGCCAUCAAAUGAUAACCCGUCCACGUUCCGAGAGGGUCUCGUGGUGAGCGGGGCUGCUCUACUGGCGAUAAAUGACGUCAAUAAUAGGGAGGACUUGCUGCCAAAUCAUCGGUUGGUCCUGUCGCAUCAGUAUGAUACCACCGGUGAUGAGUUGGGUAGCAUCAGACUGCUCACUUCUCAGUGGUUGGAAGGUGUGGCGGCAUUCUUCGGGCCGGACCAAACAUGUGCCACUGAAGCCCGUAUAGCAACAGCGUGGAACCUCCCCAUGAUUUCAUUCUUAUGCGCUGCGGAAGAGGUCAGCGACAAGGAAAAAUAUGGCACCUUCGCCCGCACCUUCCCUACCAAUAAGCAGUUCUCCAAGUCGGUAGUGACUCUUCUUAAUCACUUCAGCUGGCGCGUAGUGUCGAUUGUAGCCGCUGACCUACCUAAACACCAGAGUGCCAAAGCCAGCCUUGAAGAGACGUUCUUGUUGCACGGCAUCAACGUCAUGCACAGUUGGGAUUUCGAAUCGCCAUAUUUUGGAUUUGUGUGGCCUACCAUGAAAAGUGCACGACUAGCUGACAUCAUAGAGCAAACAUACAAAACGACUAGAAUUUAUAUUUUCCUGGGCGAAGAAUAUGAACUACAGGCAUUCAUGGAGGACUUAGACGCCAAAGGUCUGCUCGAUGAUGGAGAAUAUCUUGUUGUCACCAUAUUCGAAGAUUCUUUCAAGCCUGAAAAGAAAGAUUCAUUCUUGACAGGUGGGCUGUUCAACAAAGAAGGUUUCCAGCCGAAACGUGUCAAAUACUUUCGGUCGGUGUUGAUGCUGUACUACACCUCUGCUAUGAACCCAAAUUUCGAGAACUUCCAGCAGCAAGUCAUGUACUAUCAACAGCAGCCGCCUUUUAACAUGAAUUACUCUCUCCUGGAUAAUCUGCAUUUGAAACCUAUAAUUGCUGAAAAUGCUGCCAACCUGUAUGACGCAGUUAUGUUGUAUGCUCAUGCACUGAAUAGCACUUUGACCGCUGGAGAUGGCAUCAGGAAUGGCUCUUCGCUGAUCAGCCACGUGGUCAGCAGAACGUACCAAAGUAUAACUGGUCUUGGGAGAACCAUUGACGCCAACGGCGACGCCAAUGCAAACGUGAGCGUCUUCACGAUUCAGAAAGAUGAAAACAGCACGUACGGACACAUCAUUGCUCCCGUGGCCAUCUUCCAAGAUUAUAACGACAUGCAGGUUUAUGCAUCUCACGCAAAGGCUAAAAUAGACUGGGUUGGAGGUAAACCACCCCUUGCCGAGCCCAAAUGCGGAUUUUUCGGCAAGAAGUGUCCACCCCCAGAGGUCAACCACACUGGCAAGAUCGUAGCCGGAGCUUUAUCUGGUAUUGGAUUAAUCAUCAUGGUUAUUGUAGCGGUUUCGUACCGAAAUUGGCGCUAUGAACAGGAAUUGGCGAGUCUCAUUUGGAAAAUUGAUUUUGAGGACAUUAACAUGCGGAAAAACGACCCAUUUGGGAGUAGGUUUAGCUUAGUCACGACAGACAGUCGUGGGUCUUUGUUUAAGAGUCAGUUAUACACAAAAGUUGGUGUGUACAAGGGCUCGGUUGUUGCCAUCAAGACUUUGAAUAAGAAGAGCGUUGAUAUCAACAGAAGUGUGCGCCUGGAACUGAAAAUUAUGAGGGAUCUGUGUCAUUCCAAUCUCUGCUCUUUCGUUGGUGCAUGUGCCGAUCCUCCAAAUAUCUGCAUCAUUACCGAGUAUUGCUCUCGCGGUAGUUUGCAGGAUAUUUUAGAGAAUGACGAUAUUAAGCUGGACAACAUGUUUAUUGCUUCCCUGGUAUCCGAUAUUAUAAAGGGAAUGAGUCAUCUCCACGUUAGCGUAAUACAUUCCCACGGUAACUUGAAGUCAUCCAACUGUGUUGUGGAUAGUCGAUGGGUUCUCAAGAUAACAGAUUUUGGCCUGCAUCACUUUAAAGCAGGUCAUCAGAGGGACGACAUGGGGGAACACGCGUUUUAUCAGAACCUCUUAUGGAAAGCCCCGGAGUUGUUGCGAAAUACUCAUGCACCACCAGAAGGCACGCAAAAAGGCGACAUCUAUUCGUUUGCAAUUAUUCUAUACGAGUUAGUGCACAGAAAUGGACCAUUUGGAAACUGUGCCCUCACCCCAAAAGAGAUAAUCGACAAGGUAACAUAUCCACUCGACCCGACGAUGCCAUUCCGACCAAACGUGAUGGAGGUUGAGGACUGUCACGAGUGCCUUCUGACCACCAUGCAGGAAUGCUGGCAAGAGGUACCGGAUCAGAGACCAGACUUCAAGACCAUCAGAGUGAAACUCAAACCGCUCCACAGUGGCAUGAAGUCUGACAUCCUAGAUAAUAUGAUGGCCAUCAUGGAGAAAUAUGCAAACAAUCUGGAGGAGAUAGUGGAGGACCGGACCCACCAGCUCGUGGAGGAGAAGAAAAAGACAGAUAACCUGCUCCACAGGAUGCUGCCAAAGCCAGUUGCUAAUCAACUCAAGCGAGGUAUGCAAGUUGUUCCGGAGUCUUUCGAUAGUGUCACCAUAUUUUUCAGCGACAUUGUCGGAUUUACUGAUCUCUCAUCCAGAAGCUCCCCAUUACAGGUAGUAGACCUGCUGAACGAUCUCUACACCUUGUUUGACGCCAUCAUAAGCUACUAUGACGUGUACAAGGUAGAGACUAUCGGGGAUGCAUACAUGCUGGUCUCCGGUCUACCUAUAAGGAACGGCAUCCGACAUGCUGGCGAGAUCGCUUCUACAGCAUUACACCUCUUGGCAGCCGUAAAAGAGUUCCACAUUCGACACAAGCCAGAUGAAAUACUAAAACUCCGCAUCGGAAUCCAUUCAGGCCCUGUAGUGGCGGGUGUUGUUGGACUCGCAAUGCCUCGGUAUUGCCUCUUCGGUGACACUGUAAACACCGCCUCCAGAAUGGAAUCGAAUGGUCAACCUCUGAGGAUCCACUGUAGUGGUCAGUGCCGUGACAACUUAAUCCAACUCGAAGGAUACGAGCUAGAAGAGCGCGGACUAGUUGCUAUGAAAGGCAAAGGAGAGCUUCUUACCUACUGGGUUGUCGGCCAAGACCCAUCUUAUCAAAGAACUGCUCCCUUGGAGGACCCUUCGGACAUUGCUGACAAUAUAGGAACUCGGCAGUUGCAAAAGAGCCCUGGCCACGGCUCCAACGCCCUGGAGUUGUCCUGUUUCCCACCGUCCACCCCGGAUAAACUCAGGUCUCGGAACAAUAAGCAGAUCUCAUGUCCGGGAUCUGAAACCUACGGCUCGUCACAGCAUGUACUAAGCGUGUCGGACGCCGAUUCCGAUAAGGAGGGAUGCUUCCUUUGUGAUGGGUCCCAGAACAACAACCGACGGUCGUCGUUGACAGAUACUCUGCAAAGAACAGACCCAGAAGGAUUUAUUAUUGAUGGGAUGGAGGAAGAAUCUGCCCCCAGUGACCCCUUGUUACCGAAUAUCACCGAUAAUCCCAAGAUUGUGAAUGACGCCGCAGGAAGACACGUGGGCUUUCAAAAGAACUCUGUCCUAAGAUCAAGUAAAGAGAGGGAUAGUGAUGCCCUUGAGUUAGGAGAAGUCAACGGGGACCGAGUGAAGAAAACAAGCGUUGCCGAUUCCGGAAUCGGCAGCCAUGGGACAAAUUCACGAGAUGAUGCGUUGCAGCUUGAAGUCUACCUGUAAUCAGCAGAUUCUGUCCUACAUCGAAGGUGAAAAUAAUGAUUUGGUCGUUUUAAACAUAAAUAAAUAUCAUUAAGCUACAGAAUGUUAUUUCCAAAUUAACCGAAAUGUUUCCAAAAGGACAAGAAAAAUUAACGCAUGGAACAAGAUGGAGCCUCUGGUAAAACACCACGUAUUUAGGUAGAAAUACGUCAAAUUAACAAGCUUAACCGCCCAGUUUCAAAUAACUUUGGAAGAGGGAUGCAUCAUAGCACGGCAAAGACUGUUUUAUAUUAGUUUUUGAAACAAAUGUUUCAAAGCUCAGGCUGAGGGCAUCUACGGAUUUACCACCCCUUACUUUUCGGUAAUUUAAUAAUAUGCAAGAAAGCUGUCCAUGUUUUUCAAUCCAGUAAAAAUACAUACGCCAAAGUGUCCAUCAUAAAUCACAUUUGAGAAACGUUACGUAUACCGUGAUCCUGUCGUGUUGAUUUUCCUGUUUUCGCCACUGUGUAGUCCGUACUUGUGGAAAGUUGUCAGGAUGUUGUAAAACCUUUGGAUGUUUGUCUCCCAUCCUCUCACACUAUCGGCCCUUUUGUUUGUAAGGACGUAAUGACUCGACGUGACGUGACUGAAUGAGGAAUCGUAAUGAUUGCAAAGCACCCCGAAAUGGCAUGAUAACGAACUGUUAACAGCACGAAAAUGCAUUUUUCACGAUGCCUGUAUAUUCGAUGCAUCAGACCAAUCUAUUUGUGGCACACUGUAAUGCCAACUAAUUUCAACAAAUAAUUCUUAGCGGUAAUUGUUGGUCAUGACUCAUGGUACAGUAAAUCUUGGAGGUACUUUCGCGGUGUAAUCCUUUUCAACUGAAGAUCGUGCACGUUCACAUAAAAUAAAUUUAUGUAAGACAUGAUGUACACAUUCCCCAUAACCUCAGCGCUACAAAAUUCCACCCCACAUUGGAGCUGUGGAUGACACUGUGUGGGUCAUUUUAAGGAGUGCUGCGCAAAGAUUCGUGUGCCCUACUGAGGCCGAUGAACACAAAUCUGUAUCUGAGGGUGCAAAGAACUGCAGCAAACUAGUCUGUAUAUUUAACGCUGAGGACGUGGUGGUUAACGGACACCUUGCAGACGAACGAACAAAACAUCGAUCGAUGACUUGCUGAUAUACAACUAUUACCAUAUAUACCAACCCUAUCACGCUAGGACAUUUUACAAACGUUUCAUGUUUUUAUUUGAAUUACUUUCUUUUCGCGAACCCAAUUGAAGGUCCGAUUCUACUGCCAUAAAGGUAAUAAAUCAUGUACAACAUAAUCUUUUGUGGCAUGAGAAAAAAAAAUGAAAGCACGUUCUGUUUAGUCCACUAAUGGUUCAAAUCACAUCCUACGUUUCCUAGUGAAUGUAGGCUUUCGAGUAUUAUUUGAAGUGAAUACCUGAAAAUCAUAAAUUUAGUCAUGCAAGAUCAGAAAACCUAUUUGUGUAUUAAUAAUAAACUACGCAUGGAAUUGGAAUUCUCCCUCUGUUGGGGAUGGCAAAAUCCUUUGACAAGAUGCAAACACAAAACCAUGAAGGCUGUGCCACAACAGACAUCGGACCCGGUUUAUUUUUGAAAACUGACGGACCUAUUCGCGAAUAGACAGUAUACGGUAUCUACAGUACGGAAGUGUAAAACGAGUUGGUAAAGCAAUGAAAACGGACAGACAAGACCACAUCACCGGUACGAACAUUAUUUUUUCGUGACCAACGAGUGGAUGGUACGACUCAGUGUUAGUGGUGUUUGCACUGUUAGUGAUAACGCUCCAGAUCACGUUUCCGUAACGCCCCCCCAACAAUGCAUGUUAGUAGUUUAAACGUACAUACUUGUACUUUCCUCUCUCCAUCGGAAUGUUACUUGUCCAUCAUCAAUUUUGACUCGAAAAUUGUUGAUUUAGCGGGCGCAGAACCUUUUGUUUAAGGCUCUAAUGUACAUGUAGUUGGAAAACUCGUUCCAUUGAAUACUGGUCAGUUUUGAAUGUUUUAGUUCCCUUUAAAGCAGCAAAAUUGACAUUUAGAAACUGCUAUAAUUGUCCUCUUGGGGCUUGAUGGUAAAGGCCAUUUGUUGGCAUUAUCAAGCUAAGAUGUGGCGGAAUUUUUUCAGAACGACUUCAUGUCUACGUUAUUCAAUUAAAUAAAUUACUUCCAAAUAUGUUAUUUAAGUUUACCCUUUAAACAUGACUUUGUCAUGAAGGUGCAUUACUUUGAAUUAUUUUAAUAUACAUGUACCUAUACCGACUGUCAAUCGGACUUGAACAUCAUGAUAUGUAAUUAAUUCCCUACUGGGCAGUGUCCAGUUUUACUGCCUUUUCAUUAAAAGACUUGUUUUCAUGUUUAAUGUGUUUUCCAUUAUAACAUUUUAAGUAUAACGUUCUAAAUUGUUUAACAUAGUGACAUCAGUAGCAUGUGCUUUAUGUACUUCUCAAUGUUUUUGUACGCAAUGAGCGAGCUUCUAACAUUGCUAACAAAAUGUUCAAAUUCGAAGGAUACGUUCAAAUGCAUUUUAGACAAGUUUCGCAUAGUAAUAUACAAGAAACUGCUCAAUAUCAAGUUGUAUAACUUGCAAGUGAUCUAAACAAAAUCUAGCGAAUGGGGCUUGUAGUCGUUUGUUUUUAAAUUUCAGCAACGGCACGUUUGUAAAAGUUUAUGUUCAUACAAUGCGCUCUGCAACUUGAAAAUGGAAGAACCAGGUUUUAAUCAUUUAAAACAGAACCUGUGUUUUGGGGUCUUAGUGUAAAAACAAAAUAAUCUGAUCCUUGUUAAUGAAAAAGUUCUCUUGCCGCCUAUAAUCAUGAUUUUUGCCAAUGGUCAUGUCAGGAUCACAACUCUCAGUUUUUGGAGAAACAGAAACUUUUGCAACACCGUCCAAAGAACCUGCAAUUUCUGGAUGGCAGUGUGUGCAGAACUGCUGAUUUGGUAGAGAGUCAAACCACGCUGAGAGUCAGAAAUGGAAAGCAUAAGUGUAAUUAUGCCGUAAUUAUGAGGGAAAUCUCUAAGAGUGCGAAACGAAGUGGCACCUUCUCCUGAACGCGUUGAUGGUCUCAAUGUUAGUUCUUUCCCCAGAAGGGAUAUAAAAUGUCAACAGAUAGCCGAUACCAAUUGAAUGAAGACGAGUACUCUAUUUUAUUGAGGGCAUUUUAGAGGUAGCAGGGCAAACAUCACCUGCAAAUACGACCUGCAUUGAGACACGCAAUGUUUAGUGGUAGACUUCAAUUCUGUUAAUGAAGAACCGAAUCGAGUGAUUGAUUACAGUAAAGACAAGUAAAAAAAGCUUUCCAGGUGCUAUAGCACUAGCUGCACAGUAACUCUGGGCCUCCGUUCGGUUUGUUAAUUACAAUGUGUGUGUUCCCUUUUUAAUGGAUAUAAUAUGGAGAUUCCAUAGGUAAAGGUUAAGUUCAAGUCGAUUUUGUAAAAUAGUGUCUAACAGCUAUUACAGCGACUUUAGGUGAAAUAUGAAAACUUUUAUCGUCGAAGUAUAAAAAUAAUGACUGUAAAUGUAUAUAUCGUGUAAUACAACAAUAUGCUUGUACAAUUUGAUAACGUAAUGAAGAAGCUGUUAACCAAUUUCAGUUUCAAUAGAAGUACAUGACGUCAUGUGUAUUCCUUUUAUGUGAAUAUUGACACCAUACGUUCAAACCAUACACCCAUUCCUCUUGGUACACGGUAACUGAUCAGUAGCAACCAACAAUUGAAAUCCAGUUUUUAAAAGUUGCUUCUUAAAAUAAGAUGUUGGAAAUAAACGCAUUAUUAAUCACUUGCCUUUUAAAGUGCGUUAUUUCCAAGGAAUUGGUAUCAGGGCUUUAUCAUACAAAAAUAUCACAAGGAGAAAGGUUGUGUAUUAUGUCUGUCAUACGUAAAGAUAUUGUAAUCACUUGCGUAAAACUAGACUCAUGCACAUUUUUAUGACGAAGGUUGAAUCUGACAAGCAGUGUCACCAAAGCAAAAUGAUUCUUAAUAAUGUAUAACAAGGUGGAAAUAAAACGACGAAUGAAAUGAUAUCAUACAAAAGGAUAUAACAUCCACUUCACCAUUACAUUUUGUAGUUAAAGUGCUUCAAAGCCCCUUUUUGGCCGACAGCGAGGGCAUGCGCAUCUCCAAAAAAAAGGAAGUUUCAACUUCAUUCUUCAACAAGUACUUUCACACAUACAUGUAAGGAAACACUAAAACCGACUUCUUACGACUUCCAUUACACAUGUAAAUCGGAUUUGUGUACACAUUCGUAAUGCAUCAGUCUAUAAUAUAACUUUCAUAAAUUAUAUGUUUUGAUGUUGUUGGUAAUUUUGUCAAAAGCAUUUCUAGCAUUUGAUUUCGAUGGAAAAAGAGAAUGACAUGAUCUAAAUAAAACAGAUCCGACUUUA